AUGAGCCCGCAAGCAUCCGGCAAGGCGGAGAUGGCGAGGUACGCCCGCCAGGUUUGGACGCUCAUGGCAAAGAACUUCCGGACAUUGCUUCUCCGGCACCUGCUCCUGGUUAUUUGCAUGGCUUUCCUCCUGCCAAUAUUGCUGGCUUCAUUCUUCAGCUUCGCCAAGAACCUGUUUGUGCCGCCGGCCAAAUUUGGCAUUGGCACUGCGCACGAUGUCCGGAGCCUGUCGGAGGCGUUCGAUACGGCAAAGGAAAGCAGCAGAACCAAGGUUGUUUUGAUCAGCAACGGCCAUAAUGGCGGCCAUAUUGAGACAGUUCUUGACUUCAUUGCACGAGAGACCACAAACUAUGGCUCGCCAAUGUCCGUGGUCAGGUUGAACGACGAGAGUUCCCUCUCAACCGAAUGUCGAAGCUCUUUGCGCGGUGUCACCAACUGCUAUUGCGCGUUGGUCAUGCGCUCGUCUCCAAACGAAGGAAGGGGCGGCAUCUGGAACUACACCAUCCGGACGGACGCCGCCAUGUGGGAGAGCCCCGUCAAGAUCAACGUCGACAGCUCCAGCAACAUGGAAGAAAUCUAUCUGCUCCCAAUGCAGCGGGCCGUGGACACCGUCAUCGCCCGACUCAACGGUUCCAACACAACACCAUUGGCGGGCACCCGAGAGCUCCCCUUUACUAGUCAGACGCAAAAAGAGCGUGACCGCAAGGUUCGCGAGAUUUUUCACAAUGCCAUUGUCAACUUCAUGGGCGUAUCUUUCAUCUCUUCUAUCAUCUGGAUCACAUAUCACGUCACAGGCUUAAUCGCCACCGAGCGUGAAAGCGGAAUGUCGCAACUCAUCGACGCCAUGAUGCCCGUCACUCGCCCUUGGAUGGCACCGGUUGCUCGCAUCAUCUCACACCACCUGUCCUUCUCCUUGAUCUAUGCUCCGGCCUGGGUGAUCGGUUCGAUCAUCCUUCGAUUCGGCGUCUUUGUGAACACCAGCGUCGGCAUUGUGCUCAUAUUCCACAUUCUCGCGGGCCUGGCCUUCGCCUCGUUUUCGAUCUUCAUCGCCACAUUUUUUCGCAAGGCACAGCUCAGCAGUAUCACUGCCAUUCUCGCAACCCUACUGUUAGGAAUUUUAGCGCAGUCACUUACCCAGCCUAAGACGGGUCCUGUCGCCGCCCUGUCUGUUCUCUUUCCGCCAUGCAACUAUGUGUAUUUCAUCACGCUCAUGGCCCGCUUCGAGAAACAAAACCGGGCUGCGAGCCUCAUCGAGCUACCUCCCAAUAGCCCAUGGUCGAUCCCGGGCAUCGUGUUCUGGGUACUCAUGGUCAUGCAAAUCUUCGUUUACCUCUUCCUGGCGAUUUACAACGAGAAGCGCUUCUACGGCACAUCUGUCAAAGGGCGACACGUUCAGAUGAGCGCGGAAGGCUCGGACAGUUUAGGAGAGAACGCGAUCGAGUUGGAGAACUUGACGAAGAUCUACGAGCCCAGCGCCUUGUCCAAGCUGAGGUCUAAGUUCCGCAAGACUGGCGCAGAACCUGUCGUGGCGGUCAAUGGGCUCAGCUUCAAAGCGGGCAGGGGACAAAUUGUUGCCCUUCUCGGUGCCAACGGGAGUGGCAAGAGUACCACGCUCGAUGCCAUUGCCGGUCUCCAUCGCUUGACGAGUGGCUCUAUCAAGAUAGAUGGCACGGGCGGCUUGGGUAUUGCUCCGCAGAAGAACGUCCUAUGGGACGAAUUGAAUGUGGAGGAACACUUGGUCAUCUUCAAUCGCCUCAAGGCUCCCUCGAAUCGAGCUUCCAAAGAGGAAAUCACCGAUUUGAUCCGGGCUAUCGAUCUUUCACAGAAGAGACAUUCUCUCGCGAAGACACUUUCUGGGGGCCAGAAGCGCAAGCUCCAGCUCGGUAUGAUGCUGACUGGGGGCAGUGCUGUAUGCUGCGUGGAUGAAGUCAGUAGCGGACUGGACCCGUUGUCGCGGCGAAAGAUCUGGGAUAUCCUCUUGGCCGAGCGAGGCAAGAGAACCUUGAUAUUGACCACCCACUUCUUAGACGAGGCCGAUCUAUUAGCAGACCAUAUUGCAAUCUUGUCCAAAGGCACGCUGCGUGCCGAAGGCUCGUCCGUGGAACUCAAGGACAAGUUUGGUGGUGGAUAUCGGGUUCAUGUCAAUAAGAGCGCCGUUGGCAACGCGACUCCCGACGUUGCAGAUGUCACGAGAAAGGGUGCCUUUGACUUCACGACAUACGUCGCGCCCAACUCGACCCUGGCGGCGGAGGUCAUCCGGGAGUUGGAAGCGGCCGGCAUCAGCGAUUACCGUUUCUCGGGACCGACAAUCGAAGACGUCUUCCUUCAACUGGCGGAGGAGAUUAAGGACGAAAAGGCGUUCCAAACAAUCGACAGCGGCGCACCGAAGACAGAGGUCACAGAGAAGAUCCAGGAGCAUGACAACUCGUCCCAGAAUAGCAACGACCGGGGCCUGAAAUUGGUCGACGGCAAGCGAGUUGGCUAUGCGCAGCAAAUCGGCAUCUUGUUCAGGAAGCGAAUCACGAUCUUCAAGAAGAACUACAUUCUCUACGUCAUCGCAUUCAUAUUGCCAAUCAUCGCGGCCAGUCUCACCUCGCUCUACGUGCGCGGAAAGGAGCCGACGGGCUGUUCCGCGUCAGAGCAAUCCUCUUCCUGGGGCACGGAGGACGCCUUCAGCCAGAUCAAGGACAAUCGAAGCGUCGCCUUUCUUGCCGGCCCACCGUCGCGGCUCGAUCCGACCAACGCGCGCAACCUCUUCACGCCCAUCUUUGCCGGCUCAGGGGGAGCUAGCCGUGCCGUUGGCGGUGCUGCGCUCAACAACCUUCAUCUCGUCAAUACUUAUGACGAGUUCACCCAGUACAUUGAGAGCCACCGCAAAAACAUCACUACAGGACUGUGGCUUGGAGAUGCGGACACUCCGCCUACUAUUGGCUGGGUCGCGAAUCUUUUCGUCACGAGCUCGUUGACUGCUCAGCAGUUCCUCGACAUUCUCUUGGCAAAUACCACAAUCGCAACGACCUGGUCGCCCUUUGACAUUCCCUUCAACCCCGGAAUCGGGGAUGCGCUGAACCUCGCCAUCUACAUGGGCAUUGCUUUUGCCUGCUAUCCCGCCUUCUUUGGGCUCUACCCUAGCACCGAGCGAAGGAGGUUCGUCCGGGCUCUGCAGUAUUCGAACGGCGUGCGCCCGUUUCCCCUGUGGGCGGCAUACUUGAUAUUUGACUUUUCCCUCGUCUUGGUAACCUCCGCCAUCGUUACUGGACUCUGGUCUGGCCUUUCGGAUAUAUGGUACCAUCUCGAGUACAUCUUCGUCGUCUUCUUCCUCUACGGCCUCGCCUCGACCUUGCUCGCAUAUUUUGUCUCCCUAUUUACGAAGACGCAACUUGCGACGUUCGCGUGGGCGGCCGCUUAUCAGGGGAUCAUCUUCCUGGCGUACCUCAUCUCGUACGUCUGCGUCAUCACGUACGUCAGGGUGAACAAGAUCGACUCCUCGCUUCUCGUGUGUCACUUCGUCGUCUCCGCCUUUGCGCCGAUUGGAUCGGCCAUGAGGGCGUUGUUUAUCUCCACGAAUCUCUUCGCUACGGCUUGCGACGGGCAAACGCUUUCGCAAAAGCCUACAAGCUUCGUCAUGUACGGUGGUCCAAUCACUUACUUGAUCAUCCAGUGUUUUAUCCUGUUCGGCCUGAUACUUUGGGUCGACAGCGGUUCCGUGGGCUCGACACUCCGCGGUAUGCUGGAACGCAGAAGGCGGCGACGUGCUGGCACGGAGCAAGACGACUUGGACGAUGAAAUGGCAAACGAGUUGACCCGGGUCACCAGCAGCGGCACCCAUGAAGACGGUCUCAGAGUCAUGCAUCUCACCAAGUCUUUCGGCAAGAACACCGCCGUCGACAAUGUCACCUUUGGCGUCAAGCGCGGCGAGGUCUUUGCCUUGCUUGGUCCCAAUGGUGCUGGCAAGUCCACAACGAUCUCUCUUAUUCGAGGAGACCUCAAGCCCAGCCAUAACGGCGGCGACGUGUUCGUGGAGGAGCAGUCCGUGACGGAGAACCUGGCUGCCGCGAGGACUCAUCUCGGUGUCUGCCCGCAAAUCGAUGCCCUAGAUCAAAUGACCGUACGGGAGCAUCUAGAGUUCUACGCUCGAGUCCGCGGCGUUGCAGACAUCCAGCAUAACGUAUCAGCCGUUCUCCGGGCGGUUGGCCUCGAGGCCUUUGAGUCUCGAAUGGGGCACGCCCUCUCCGGCGGAAACAAGCGGAAGCUAAGUCUAGGCAUUGCCCUGAUGGGCAAUCCUACCGUUGUUCUGCUCGACGAGCCGUCGUCCGGACUCGAUGCAGCAUCCAAGCGCAUCAUGUGGAGGACCCUCGCUGCUACUGUACAUGGACGUUCCAUUCUCUUGACUACUCAUAGCAUGGAGGAGGCGGACGCGUUGGCUGGGCGGGCAGGAAUCUUGGCACGCCGAAUGCUCGCUCUUGGUACACCAGAUGAUCUUCGACAUAGGUUCGGUGACGCCCUGCACGUCCACCUUGUGUCGGCUUCGGCGCCACGGACGUCAGAUGCUGAGGUGGAACGUAUCACGACUUGGAUUAAGGAGACGCUCCCGUCCGCUACACUCGACACAAAGACCUACCACGGACAAAUGCGCUUCUCCGUCUCCGCCAAGGACGUAGUCUCGGCCUUUGCCUCGUCUCAGCACCAGCAGUCUUCAAGCGACAACUCCGACGCAGGCACCGAUACGAUUUAUUCGUCAAACAGUGUCAGGGCCAAUCAGGGCAGUGCCAUCGGCCAGCUUGUUGUUCUUCUCGAGGAGCACAAGGCGAGCCUGGGGGUGCAGCAUUACAGCGUGAGCUCGACUACGCUGGACCAGGUGUUCUUGACCAUUGUGGGGAGGCAUAACGUCCGCGAAGAGAAUUAUGAGGAGAAGAAGAGGGGUGUGUGGUCCAAGGUCUGGAAUUUCGGGCGCUCUUAG